AUUGUCAACGUGGCCCAAUCAAAUAGUCCCAGAUAAAAUGAAUUUCAGUGCACACUUUCUUAGCGAAAAUUACAGUGUUAUACCCAAAAAGCGUUGCCGAAAAUGUUUAAAAUUAUCCUCUGUAUUACAUUAUCAUCAGCUUUUUGUGCAAAUACGUUCGUUAAUUGUUCGGAAAAUUUGAACGAUGAGGAUGACUUAUUUGUGCCAACGUACGAGUGGCAGGUUAUCAAAAAAGGUCAGAAAAUUCCUAAGGGCCUUCAUGUACGCGUCAAUUUUGAAACAGGCGUAAGGGAGGCAAAAAUUUUAGUUGAAGACGAUAUUACGGAUAAAACAAGCGCAGUAGUUCAAGUUCCUGACGCGCGAAAUUCAAAUUCGGAAGAUGAAGCUCCUUUAAAAUAUUCUCAUCAGGAAUUGAAAGAAGCUUUAAAAAAUAUCAAAAACGAUGCAUCUCCAGAGGAACAAGCGGAAAAGAAAUUUAGAAGCUACGAGGAAUUAAAGGAAGAUCUAAGUAAGUUAGAUGUUCGUCCCAAAACCGAUGGCGAAUUACUCAAAGAGCUUAUGCUUUAUCAUAAAGUACUAACAACAACUCAGGAACAUCAGGAGCUGAUUGUGUCAAUUAUAGAAGAUUUGGAAUAUUUAGUGCAUCAAAUUGAUAAUGCCAAUGAUUUUGUUACCCUGAACGGUUUCGCAGAUAUCAUCUACCCCAAUCUAAACUCCACUAAUCUAGACAUCAAAGAUGGUACCUUAAAAUUACUUGGUUCAUCCAUGCAGAACAAUGCAAAAGUGCAAAUUCACGCUUUUGAAACCGGCGCAAUUGGAACUUUACUGAAAGUGUUGGUGUUAAAUUCGGAUGAGACAAUUAAAAAUCGUGCCAUUUUCGCCCUGAGUGGAUUAAUGCGACGUUUUCCCCUAGCUCAGAGACAAUUUUUGGAUAAUGCCGGUUUAAAUGUCUUUGGAGAGCUACUACAAGAGUCGAACAACAUGAAAUUGUUGCUGAAAAUUGUAACUCUCAUCCAUGAUUUAAUUCUUGAACAUGAUGGUGCUCUAAAGGACAAAAGUUAUUUGGAGAAGAUUGAACAAUAUAAUGCUGUUAAUUUAAGGCAGAAGUUACAAGAUCAAAAGUGGUGUCCGUUCUUGGUGACUCUGUUAAGGAAUAUUGUGAGUAUAGAUGUUGAAGAUCAUGAUGCAGUCGAAAAGACACUCAAUACUAUUAUUUCUUCACGUGUAUGUAAUAUGUCGGGUAAUGUUCAACUGCAAACAUUAAUCUCACAUCUUCAAAGUUAUUACAAGAACUUAGCUAAAGUCGAUGAUGACGAGUACUUUGGUCACCUAUUAGAUUUAUGUCAACAGGCAAUUAAUGUAAAUUUAAAACGUAAUGUAGAAUUGUAAUUAGCUUCUUCUGUGAUACAAAAUAUGUCUGAAAUAGAUUGUAAGUGAUUUGUUAAAUUAUUCAUUUAAAAAAGAAAGUAAAAUAUCUGAAAGGAA